CAUACUCACAUGAUAUUAGUUGCAGAAAAUCGAAUACAAAGAAGAAUGGGGAGGCACUCCUCGGGAUAUUGCUUGAAUUCCUGAAUCAUCUCUCAUUGGAGUCAAUAGUUGAUCAGGACGGACAAGAAAUCAGCCACCAUUUACGGCAAGCGCGGGAGAAGUGGCUGCUUGAGUGGUACAGCAAUGGCGAUAGGCACAAAGGAGAGGCAGAGCUACUCGCACAUAUGAUAAAUGUCACUGCAGGCCAUCCAUUUUCAGAAGAGCUAUUGUCCCAUACUCAAUAUAAAAGACUGUCCGGCCUCAUUAACAAAGUCUGCUACAAACUUAGCUCUUACCAAAAAGACAAGGUAGCCAACAAUUGCAGCCACAAUAUUACUUCAUAUGCUGAUUAUUGCCUCACAACCCCAGAAAUAGAAGCUGAGAUGCAAGAAGUUGUGCAAUUGGUACUCCACAACUCCAACGAUGAUAUUCAUUCUGAUAUAAAGCAAACAUUUCUCACAAUAGCAAAGAGUUUUUAUUAUGCAGCUUACUGUGAUCAUGGGACCAUCAACUUCCACAUUGCUAAAGUACUGUUUGAUAGAGUAGUUUGAGUCUUCUGCAUGUGGACAUUGAUUCAGUCAUUAUGUUGAGGAAGAGAAGAUGUUUGAAGAAAUCUUCAAGAGAAAGAAACUACUUCUAAAUCUAUUAUAUGACAAUCAGUUAAGAUUCUUACAAAACUUUGUAAACCGACAUGACCUC